AUGACUGAUUCGGGGUUCACCUUCCUCCCCCUGGGAGCUAUCAUUCAGAAGUUUAAGGUCAAUGGCAUUAACAUUGUCCAGGGGUUUGAGACAGCUGAGCAAUAUGUCAAGCAUAACGGCCCAUAUUUUGGUGAAACCAUAGGCCGGUUUGCCAACCGUCUUUCCAAUGCCAAGGUUGAAUCUGUGAAUGGUGGUAAAUCCUACCCCCUCUUCAACAACGACCGGGGCAACACUCUUCAUGGUGGUGCCAGUGGCUGGGGCAAGAAGGUCUGGAAUGGUCCCAAGGCUGUUGGUCUCCGCGAGAUCCCCGGCGUUGAAGGUCUCCAGGGAGGCGAGACUGUCGAGUUCACCUAUUUGAGUGAGGACGGCGACGAGGGUUUCCCCGGCGCCCUUGAUGUGAAGGUCACAUAUACUACCGGUACCCAGCGCAAUGCAGAGGGCAAGGAUGUCAUUGUUCUAGGCAUAGAAUAUGAGGCUAAGCUGGUUGGCGGUGCCUCUGAGACUGUGAUUAACAUGACGAAUCACUCCUACUUCAACCCUGCCGGCGUGGAUGCGCCGACCUUUGACGGCACUACCGUCACGCUGGCUACAAAUCAACACCUUCCUAUAGACGACAUUGCCAUUCCCACCAGUGGCCCGGUACCCUUCCCGGGCCUCGAUACCAGCAAGCCCUUCUUACUUACGUCAACUGGGCCUGACGUUGACCACUGCUUUACAAUUGAUACCGACCCUUCGUCUACACCUGUGGAUACUCGCAACUCUCCCCUCAGGGUUAAUAUUACCGCCCACCACCCUGGAACUGGCAUCCACCUCGAGGUUCUCAGUACGGAACCUGGCUUCCAGUUCUAUACUGGCCACGGAAUCGACGUUCCAGCUGUUGAUGGACUGCCUGCAAGGGGUCACCGUGCCGGUUUCUGUUGUGAGCCCAGCCGAUGGGUCAACGCCGCCAACGUACCAGAGUGGAAGAGUCAGGUGCUCUUGAAGGAGGGUGAAACAUACGGCACUCGAAUUGUGUACAAGGCGUGGAAGGAUUAG